AUGUCAAAAAUUUUUCUUUUUUUACUAAAAGUAUUAUUUAAAAAUAAGAAUAAAAUUUCUUUUUGUUCAGUUAUUCAGUGCAGCGCGAAAAAACUUUGCAACGAUUUUGUCAUACCAAAAAAAGGAAAGGAUGUCGUCAUUGACGAACAAGAAUUAUUUUCUGUUCCGAAAGAAUUGGUGGCACGUCCUGUUCUCAAAAGGCAUUUACCUAGGUCAUACGCACCUAAUUUUGAUAAAAAGCGUACAAAAUCAUAUGCCGAACUUCGUAGAGAAAGAGAAGAAUUUCGAAAAAGGCUUUUGUUACUCAUAUUAAAAAAAGAUGAAGUUCAAGCUCCUCCUGAUGCAAUACCUACAAACGAUGACAUGAAAGUCCUUCGUUAUUAUUAUUACAUUCAUAAUGGCGUCGAUACAAUUCAUGCAUCAUCAAUAAAUCAAUCAUGGCUUGAUCACAUAAUGUUAAUUAUACCUAAAAAACUUAAAUAUUGGGAAGAAAUAUUAAAUGAACUAUUGGAAGAAGUCAAAGAGGAAUAUGUACUUUGUAUAAAAAAAUCAAUUGUGGAUUUUGUUUUGACAGAUCCAGCAGCUGAUAAUAAAGGUUUAAAAGAAUAUGAUUCGGAAGAUAGAAGAGAUGCUAAAAGAGUAUGCAAGGAAUUUGGUCUCACAUAUCAAAAAGUUAAAUUAAAAUUGUUAAAAAAUCUAUACUUGAUCAAUCCUUGCAUAGCACAAGUUUUAGAUUUAUGGCACAAACAAUACCUUUCGUUAAGAUUGGUCAGAGUUAAAGAAUUGACAAAUGCACAUGAAGCCUUAGAUUUACCUGCAUUUAAAUAUUUUACAAAUAAACAUAUUGAAGAAGCGAAAGAAAUAUUGCAAAAUAGUUGGUUUCCAACCAUACAGAAUUUUUUUCUUCAGGGAAAUAAAAAAAAAUUAAUACCAUCUUCUGAUAAUCAUAAAAAAAUUAAAAAAUUUUAUGAUUGUUUGGCUGAAGUUAUGGCUUAUCAACUUCAAAGUCUUUGUAUUGAUUCGAUAAAGGAUUACACGGAAUUUAUUUGUGAUGUUGGGUACCAAAAUCCUGGAUUGAGAAUUGGAGUUUGUUUAAGAAAUAAAAUGAUUGCUUUUGAACCGAGUUUUCAAAAUUUUCGUUCUGCCAUACUUGCCGUCUAUGAAUUGAUGGUUAUAGCCGUGAGCAAUAUGCCCAGGCUUGAAAAUAAAUUGUACAUGGAUUGGGACAUCGGCGAGGACAUAUUAAAACCCCUCAUAUCGGAUGAUUUCGUGGAUUUGAACAAAGCUCAAGUUAUAAAAACGUUAGAAGAACAGAGAAUCGGACCCGAAUUAAGAAUUCAAGAUUUUGAUGAUUAUAUUGAUUUAAUUAACUGUAAUACUCAGGAUCAUAUCAACGAAUUUUUGUCUAAUCCCCACGAUUUUGAAGCUUAUUGUACGUAUGUCAUUUUAUACCAUGAUAUAGCAGGAAAUAUUCCUCUUUCGAUUGAUCAUACCAUUACAAUGGGAAUGUAUGAAAUUCUUCGCCACGAUUUAAUUGAAUCAUUAGUAAAUAAUGCAGAAUCUUUUCGUAAUCAAAUUUUAAGUAGAAUGACGAGUGAUAGCCAAGCCAUAUGCAGACAAAUAGGAGAAGAUUAUCAACACAUAGCAGAAAAAGCAUUAAAAGUUCCAGAAUGCACGGAUGAAUUAAUGCAACUUAUUGCAUACGUGAAUAAAAUUGAAACUGUGACUCUUUUCGAGAUGGAAGAACGUUUGAGAGAAGUUAUGAAAUAUAUUCUUUUUUUGUCAGAUUACGUCACUUUUUCCUCUGUAGAAUUGAAAACCAACAACAUAACUUAUCAGUGGUAUGGUCGUAUGCCUUCCAUAUUGGAAGAACAUAGGAAAAUGGUCGAGUUGAAAACGGCGGAAUUUCAAGAAGCUCUUAGGGCUCGCAUAAAAAAAUUUGAAGAAGAUUUAGAUUCUUAUGCUAGACAAGUCGAAGAAUUUCAGACUUUUGGUGAUAUUGAAGAUUUGCCCAAAUAUUAUAAAAAAGCGCUAACGUUAGAUGCACGCCUUAUGAAAGCUACGGAAUUGAUUGAUGAAUUCAAUGCAGAAGAAAAAGCUUAUGGCUUUGACGAGUCAUAUUAUCCAGCGAGAAAACAAAUCAGUGAUAAAUUGGCACCGUAUAAAAGAUUAUACGAAACUGCGACUGAUUUCUUAAACAAAUACGAUUUGUGGAUGAACAGUAGAAUCGGAUCGUUUGACCCGGAAGAAAUCGAUCAAGAAUCGGGAACUUGGUACAGAAUCGUUUAUAAACUCGAGAAACAAUUUUCCGAACAACCGGAAACGAAAAGAUUAGCCGAAACCGUACGAUCCAGAAUUGAAGAAUUCCGCGGACAUUUACCCAUAAUUCAAACCCUUGGAAAUCCCGGAAUGAAAUCGAGACACUGGGAAAAAGUUUCCGAUAUUAUUGGUUUCCCACUUAAAGCAGAUGAUUCGCUGACACUGUCUAAAAUUAUUGAAUUGAAUUUAGAAGAAUUCAUUGCGAGAUUUGAACUUAUAUCGGAUUUUGCGACGAAAGAAAAUAAUUUGGAAAAAGGAAUGGAAAAAAUGAUAAAAGAAUGGGAAGAAAUGGAUUUCGUUUGUAAUCCAUACAAGGAUAGCGGCACAUACAUUUUAUCAUCGGUCGAUGAAAUUCAAUUACUACUCGAUGAUCACAUUGUCAAAACUCAAACAAUGAAAAAUUCACCCUACAUAAAACCAUUCGAACAGGAUAUUUUAAAUUGGGAAGCAAAACUUAUGCUUUUGCAAGAUAUCCUUGAUGAUUGGUUAAAAGUACAAGCGACUUGGAUGUAUUUGGAACCAAUAUUUUCUUCUCCCGAUAUUCAAAUGCAAAUGCCCGAAGAAGGAAGAAGAUUUAGCGCCGUUGAUAAAACUUGGCGAGACAUAAUGAAAACGGUUAUUUUGGAUACAAAGGUAUUGGCCGUUGUUGAAAUAGAAAAAAUGUCAGAAAGAUUAAAAAAAUGUAACGGAUUGUUGGAAUUGAUCGAACGGGGUCUCAAUGAUUAUUUGGAAAAGAAAAGAUUAUACUUUUCCAGAUUCUUUUUCUUAUCAAACGAUGAAUUAUUGGAAAUUCUUUCUGAAACGAAGGAUCCAACUAGGGUACAACCUCAUCUGAAAAAAUGUUUUGAAGGAAUCGCUAAACUACGGUUCACGGAAACGCUCGAAGUUACCACGAUGAGAUCGAGUGAAGGAGAAGAAGUACCUUUGACUGAUCAUAUAAAUACAGCUCAAGCACGAGGUCAAGUUGAAAAAUGGCUUCUCGAAUUGGAAAGAAGUAUGGUUAAAAGUGUUCGUUUUACAAUAGGUGCUGCUAUCGAUCAUUAUGUAACCAUUCCAAGGCAUGAAUGGGUAUUGCAAUGGCCAGGACAAUGCGUAUUAUGCGUUUCAGCAACUUAUUGGACAAAAGAUGUUCAUCAUUCGAUAAAGAAACACAAAUUACCACAUUAUUUUGAUGAAUGCAAUAGAAAUUUAGAAAAAAUAAUUGAAUUGGUCAGAGGAAAAUUAAGUUUGCAAAAUCGUAUAACCCUCGGUGCUUUGGUUGUCAUUGAUGUUCACGCUCGAGAUGUUUUGUCGGAUUUGAUUAAGCAAAAUGUAGAGCAAGAGAAUGAUUUCCAAUGGUUGGCGCAACUUCGAUAUUAUUGGGGGGAAAUCGACUUUACUGUUUGUAUGAUUAAUUCCGUUUUGUUAUACGGUUACGAAUAUUUGGGUAAUUCUCCUCGUUUGGUAAUCACUCCUCUUACCGAUCGAUGCUAUAGAACACUGUUUGGUGCCCUAAAUCUUCAUUUAGGAGGUGCUCCUGAAGGCCCAGCCGGUACAGGAAAAACGGAAACUACAAAAGAUUUAGCCAAAGCGGUGGCCAAACAAUGCGUCGUGUUUAAUUGUUCAGACGGUUUGGAUUAUAUUGCAUUAGGAAAAUUUUUCAAAGGUCUCGCAUCUUGCGGUGCUUGGUCAUGUUUUGAUGAAUUUAAUAGAAUCGAUUUGGAAGUAUUAUCCGUGGUAGCUCAACAAAUAUUAACGAUUCAACGUGCCGUCAAUGCAGAAUUAAAAACUCUCGUUUUCGAGGGCACAGAAUUAAAACUCGAUCCCACAUGUGCCGUAUUUAUCACGAUGAAUCCUGGAUAUGCUGGUAGAUCCGAACUACCUGACAACUUGAAGGCGCUUUUCAGAUCCGUGGCCAUGAUGGUACCGGAUUAUGCUUUGAUAUCAGAAAUAGUAUUGUACUCUUAUGGUUUUAUCAAAGCUCGACCUUUGGCCGUGAAAAUUGUGGCGACAUAUCGGCUGUGCUCGGAACAAUUAUCUUCUCAAUGCCAUUACGAUUAUGGUAUGAGAGCCGUCAAAUCAGUUUUAACGGCUGCCGGAAAUUUAAAAUUGAAAUAUCCGGAUGAAAGCGAAGAUAUUCUCAUGUUAAGAUCUAUAAAAGAUGUUAAUUUGGCUAAGUUUUUAAGUCACGAUAUACCAUUAUUUCAGGGUAUUGCAUCAGAUUUAUUCCCCGGUAUUGAUUUGCCCGAGCCGGAUUAUACCGAUUUAAAUCAAGCAGUUUUUGAUGCUUGCGAUACGGCUAACAUUCAGUGCACUCCUCCAUUUUUGGAAAAAGUUCAACAAAUAUAUGAAAUGAUGAUUGUGCGUCACGGUUUUAUGAUAGUGGGUUUGCCUUUUGGUGGCAAAACAACGGCCUACAGAAUGUUAGCUGCCGGUUUGGAAUUAAUAGAGCAACGUGGUCAAAUGAACGAGCAUAAAGUUGAAAUAAUCGUAAUCAAUCCUAAAAGUAUAACAAUGGGUCAGUUGUACGGGCAGUUUGAUCAAGUGUCACACGAAUGGUCCGACGGAGUUUUAGCUGUUAGCUACAGGCAAUUUGCUCAAUCAACUAAUGAUAAUAGAAAGUGGCUAGUGUUUGACGGGCCCGUCGAUGCGAUUUGGAUAGAAAACAUGAAUACCGUUUUGGACGAUAAUAAAAAAUUAUGUCUAAUGUCAGGUGAAAUUAUUCAAUUGGCUCCGACGACAAAUUUAGUUUUUGAGCCGAUGGAUUUGGAGGUAGCAUCUCCAGCCACAGUGUCCAGAUGCGGAAUGAUAUACAUGGAACCGUGUACGUUGGGUUGGGAACCUUUACUUCAAUCUUGGAUAAACAAUUUACCGGAUAUUAUUCAAGACAUACAUAAGCACAUGUUAAAAGCCACAUUUAAAAGAUUUUUGGAGCCAUUGUUGUGGUUUGUACGUAAAAGCGGCGUUCGUGAAAUAGGACCCACGUCUGAUUCUAAUUUAGUUAGAUCUUGUACGAAUUUGUUCGACUGUUAUCUGGAUGAUUUUCGCGACGAAAAGUAUAUGGAAACAAUUUCUGAUUUAGAUGCAAGAGCUCAAUUAGAGGGUGUAUUUUUUUUCUCGUGCAUUUGGUCGAUUGGUGGAGCUUUAGAUACCAAAAGUCGUGAAAAGUUUAACUUGCUAUUUAGAGGUUUGAUGGAGAAAACAUUUCCACCAUAUUUGAAAAAAUUAUUUGAUUUACCUAUGGAUGUACCACCUCCCGCUAAGAAUUAUAUUUUUACUAUACCUUCCGAGGGUUCAGUAUAUGAUUACAGGUUUAUCAAAGAAGGAAAAGGAAAAUGGAAAUUAUGGUCCGACGAAUUACAAAAUGUUCCUCCGAUACCACGUGAUAUUCCUGUUAAUCAAAUAAUAGUAACCACUGUCGAAACUAUUAGAAACAUAGCCAUCAUGUUGCUUUUAACAACUCAAGGAAAACAUUCAAUGUUUGUCGGUCCUACGGGUACAGGGAAAUCCGUAUACAUAACCGAUUUCCUAUUGAAAAAAAUCCCGAAUGAUGUGUACAAACCAUUGUUCAUAAAUUUUUCAGCUCAAACUUCAGCCAAUCAAACUCAAGACAUUAUAAUGGGAAAAUUAGAUAAAAGGAAAAAAGGUGUUUACGGACCUCCUUUGGGAAAAAAAUGUGUAAUUUUUGUCGACGAUGUGUCAAUGCCCAUGAAAGAAACAUACGGAGCACAGCCUCCGAUAGAACUCCUCAGACAAUGGCUUGAUCACUCUAUUUGGUAUGAUAGAAAAGACAUAGUUCCAAUGAAAUUAAUAGAUAUUAUACUUAUGACCGCCAUGGGACCACCUUCAACUGGAAACACGGUUACUCCCAGAUUUUCAAGGCAUUUUAACGUUUUGAGCAUCGACGAAGGGUUUAGCAAAGAAUUUGAUCCGUGCAUAGAUCAAAUCGUUGGUGCCACUUUGAAUAUAUACAAAUUGAGUUUAUCCAAUUUAUUGCCGACUCCUGCAAAAUCCCACUAUUUAUUUAACCUUCGUGAUUUUUCCCGCGUGAUACAAGGCGUUUUACUCUCGGUACCGGAAGCUAUGGAAGAUUUGAUGGCUAUCAAAAGACUUUGGGUUCACGAAGUACUUCGGGUUUACGGUGAUCGACUCGUUGAUGACAAAGAUAGGGCUUGGCUGGUUAAAACUCUUCAUUACAUUUGUAAAGAAGAUCUAUUGGAAGAUUUAAAUAAAAUGUUUGCUCAUUUAUUAGAACCUGGAAAACCGGAAAUAACGGAUAGUCAUUUUAGAAAGUUGAUAUAUUGUGACUUUGCAAAUUUAAAAGCCGAUACGCGACAUUAUACCGAAGUCACCAAUUUAGAUCAUUUGCGCAGUGUCGUCGAAGGUUUUCUGGCCGAAUUUAACAACAUGACAAAAAAACCGAUGAACUUGGUGUUGUUUAGAUUUGCCAUAGAACAUUUAUCAAGAAUAUGUCGAAUAUUAAAGCAACCUAGAUCUCAUGCUUUGUUGGUGGGCGUGGGUGGAUCCGGAAGACAAUCAUUAUGCAGACUUGCUUCCCACAUAUCUGAAUACGAUUUGUUUCAAAUCGAAUUAAGUAGACAAUACGGACGUUACGAGUGGUACGAGGAUAUUAAAAAUAUUCUUCGCAGAGCUUGCUCAUCCGAAUUGCACGUCACUUUCUUAUUUUGCGAUUCACAAAUAAAAGAAGAAUCCAUGGUGGAAGAUAUAAAUAAUUUGUUAAAUUCUGGAGAAGUUCCCAACAUAUUUCCCAGCGAUGAAAAGGCUGAUUUAUGUGAAAAAAUGAGACGAAUCGAUCGUGCAAGGGAUAAAUCAAUGCAAACGGAUGGGAGCCCAGUAGCGUUGUACAAUUUAUUCGUUCAAAUCGUUCGAGAGCAACUUCAUAUUGUUUUAGCUUUUAGCCCCAUAGGCGACGGUUUUAGAAAUAGAAUACGUAAAUUUCCAGCACUGGUAAAUUGUUGUACCAUUGAUUGGUUUCAACCGUGGCCGCAAGAUGCUUUAUUAGCCGUAGCAACGCGGUUUCUCGGUGAAAUAGAUUUAACUACCAAAGAAAGGCACGUGGCUAUUGAAAUGUGUCAAUUAUUUCACAGUUCAACUGAAAAGCUUUCCAAAGAUUAUUAUUUAAGGCUUAGGAGACAAACAUACGUGACGCCUACUUCGUAUUUGGAGCUGAUAAAUACAUUCAAAGAACUUUUGCAAAAAAAAAGAGAAGAAAUUUUAAAAGCUAAAAAAAGAUAUGAAGUUGGUUUAGAAAAAUUAGACUUCGCAGCCGGUCAAAUUUCAGUUAUGCAAAAUGAUUUACAAGCAUUGCAACCUAAAUUGGUUGAGGCUGCAUCAGGCGUGCAGAAAAUUUUACAACAGGUUGAAAACGAUACGAAAUAUGCUGCGGAAACGGAACUUUUGGUUAAAGCAGAUGAAGAGGUAGCCAUGAGUCAAGCAUCGGCAGCUCAGGCCAUUAAGAGCGAAUGCGACGCCGAUUUAGCAGAAGCUCUACCUAUUUUAAAUUCUGCUUUGGAGGCUUUAAAUACUUUGACUCCUGCCGACAUUACGGUAGUCAAAUCAAUGAAAACUCCACCCAAGGGCGUUAGAAUCGUUAUGGAAGCCGUUUGUGUUUUAAAAGGCGUAAAACCCGAUAAAGUCCCGGAUCCAUCAGGAACGGGAAAAAUGAUUGAAGAUUAUUGGUCUUCUUCGAAAAGAGUUUUAGCCGAUAUAAAAUUUUUGGACAAUUUAAUCAACUACGAUAAAGAUAAUAUCGAUCCUAAAAUUAUUCAAGUACUGGAAAAAAGAAUUUUAACGGAUGAAAAUUUCGAUCCGGAAAAAGUCAAAACCGCUUCAACCGCAGUCGAAGGUUUGUGCAAGUGGGUAAUUGCCAUUGCAAAAUAUGACAAAGUAGCCAAAAUCGUGGCUCCGAAAAAGCAAGCUUUGGCGAAAGCAGAAGCCGAAUACGGGGCAGCCAUGUCAAAAUUAGAAGCAAAAAGAACUCAGCUACGGGAAAUCCAAGAAGAAUUGAGCAAUUUAGAAGCGAAACUUCGUAAAAAUCAGGCUCACUUUAACGAAUUGCAAGGUACGGCAGAUUUAUGCGCGAAAAAACUUCAAAGAGCCGAAGAAUUAAUCAAUGGUUUAGGUGGAGAAAAAUCACGUUGGCAACAAACUGCCAAAGAUUUGGGAAUCACGUAUCACAAAUUAACGGGUAACAUUCUCGUCGCUGCUGGAGUUGUAGCUUAUCUCGGACCAUUUACAAUGCAAUUUCGUUCGGAACAACUUGCCGAUUGGGUCAAAGCUUGCCUGGAAUUUGGAUUAGAAUGUUCUAAAGAUUAUCAGUUGACUGCCAUUCUCGGAGAACCCGUUUUAAUUCGUCAAUGGAAUAUUUUCGGAUUGCCGAGCGAUCUUUUUUCAGUAGACAAUGCAAUCAUAAUAAAAAAUGCCAGAAGAUGGCCAUUAAUGAUUGAUCCGCAAGGUCAGGCAAAUAAAUGGGUGAAAAAUAUGGAAAAAGCAAACAGUUUAGGAAUCAUAAGACUCACCAAUACGGAUUACGUCAGGAUUUUAGAAAAUGCCAUACAGUUUGGACAACCGGUUUUGUUGGAAAAUAUCGGAGAAGAAAUUGACGCAGUUUUAGAACCCGUUUUACAAAAGCAAAUAUUUAAACAGGGAGGUGUCAUGUAUUUAAAAUUAGGAGAUUCGGUCGUCGAAUUCAAUCCGGAAUUUAGAUUUUACAUAACGACGAAAUUAAGGAAUCCGCAUUAUUUACCGGAAAUUGCCGUUAAAGUCACAUUGAUUAAUUUCAUGAUCACGGCCGUGGGUUUGCAGGAUCAGUUGUUGGGAAUCGUUGUAGCUAAGGAAAGACCCGAUCUCGAAGCAGAAAAAAAUCAAUUAAUUAUUCAAGGAGCGGAAAAUAAAAAGCAAUUGAAAAACAUUGAAGAUAAAAUCCUUGAAAUAUUAUCGUCGUCCGAGGAUAAUAUUUUAGAAGAUGAAACUGCCGUACAAGUUUUAAGCUCGUCAAAAGUUUUGGCUAAUGAAAUACAAGAAAAACAAGGGGCAGCGGAAAUAACGGAAAAAUCCAUUGAUGCAGCUCGUUUGGAAUACACGUCAAUCGCUGUUUACUCGAGCAUUCUUUUCUUCACAACAACUGUAUUGGCAAACAUCGAUCCCAUGUAUCAAUAUUCAUUGGUUUGGUUUGUGAAUUUAUUUAAAAUGGCGAUCGAUAAUACGGAAAAAUUAGAAGAUGUGGAGGCCAGAUUGGAAGAUCUUAAAAAUUAUUUUACUUAUUCGUUAUAUGUGAAUAUUUGCAGAAGCUUAUUUGAAAAAGAUAAACUAUUGUUUUCUCUUCUUUUGUACAUAAAUUUAUUAAAAGAAGAUAAUUUAAUAGACACGGGAGAAUGGAUGUUUUUACUCACGGCGGGAGUCGGUUUGAGCAAUCCAUAUCCGAAUCCUGCAAAUGCCUGGUUACCAAAUAAUAAUUGGGACGAAUUGUGUCGUUUAGACGAGCUUCCGACUUAUAAAGGUUUGAGAGAACACUUUACGAAAUAUGUUCAAAAAUGGAAGGAAUAUUUCGAUUCUGUAGAACCACACAAUUUUCCUCUUCCCGAUCAAUGGAAUGAAGCUUUGAGUAGUUUUCAAAAGCUCAACGUUUUACGUUGUUUGAGACCGGACAAAGUCGUAACGGCCAUUCAGUUAUUCGUAAUGGAUGGAAUGGGUAAAAAAUUCAUCGAACCUCCGCCUUUUGAUUUACUAUCGUCUUUCAACGAUUCUCAUUGUUGCAUUCCAUUGAUAUUUAUAUUGACUCCCGGUUCGGAUCCCACGGGAGUUUUACUUAAAUUUGCCGACGAUCAAGGAUUUGGCGCGAGCAGAUUAUUUUCAUUGUCUUUGGGACAGGGUCAAGGGCCGAUAGCAAUGAAAAUGAUUGAUGAAGGAGUCAAAAUGGGGAAUUGGGUCGUACUUCAAAAUUGUCACUUGGCUAAAUCGUUUAUGCCGACGUUGGAAAAAGUUUGCGAAGGAUUACUUCCCGAUAGCACGCAUCCAGAUUUUCGAUUGUGGCUCACGUCGUAUCCGGCAGAACAUUUUCCCGUUGUCGUUUUACAAAAUGGCGUUAAAAUGACUAACGAACCUCCCAAAGGUCUUAGAAAUAAUAUAAUGCGAUCUUAUUUAAGCGAUCCGAUAAGUGAUAUGGAAUGGUUCGAAAGUUGUAAACAGAGUCAAAAUUUUAAAAGACUCCUUUACGCGUUAUGUUUUUUUCACGCAAUAGUACAAGAAAGAAGAAAAUUUGGACCUUUGGGAUGGAACAAUCAAUACGAAUUUAACGAAACGGAUUUGAGAAUAAGCAUUCUUCAAUUGCACAUGUUUUUAGAUAAAUACGAGAAUGUUCAAUUCGAUGCUCUUCGAUAUUUAACCGGGGAAUGUAAUUACGGUGGAAGAGUUACGGAUGAUUGGGAUAGAAGAUGUUUAAAUACGAUACUUAAAAAAUUUUAUUGUCGGGAACUUUUGGAAGAACCUCAUUAUUUUUUCGAUCCCACGGGAACGUAUUACACUCCAAAUGAAAAAGAAUACGAAGCUUAUCUUGAAUAUACUCGCGGUUUACCAUUGAUAACGCAUCCAGAAGUAUUUGGCAUGAAUGAAAAUGCAGACAUGAUAAAAGAUCAUCAAGAAACUAAUUUACUUUUAUCAUCCGUUUUAUUGACUCAAGAUACGUUAACAAGCGGACAAGGAAGUGCGUCUUCGGACACGUUAGUAUUCAACAUCGCCAAAGAUAUCCUGGAUAAACUCCCGGGGGAUUUCAACAUAGACAAAGCUCAAGCGAAAUAUCCCACACUGUACGAACAAUCCAUGAACACGGUUUUGAUACAGGAAAUGGGAAGGUUUAACGCAUUGCUCUCCCGUAUAAGAGAAAGUUUGCAAAACGUUCAAAAAGCCGUUAAAGGAUUUAUCGUCAUGUCGUUCGAAUUGGAAGAAGUUUUUCACAGCAUUCUCACGGGUCGGAUUCCGGGUUUGUGGAGGAAAAAAUCAUAUCCGUCAUUGAAACCACUGGGCAGUUACAUACAAGACUUUUUAAAAAGAUUAGAAUUUUUAGAAUCGUGGUUCGAAAACGGUGCUCCCCCUACGUUUUGGCUUUCCGGUUUUUUUUUCACACAGGCUUUUCUCACGGGCGCUCAACAAAACUACGCACGAAAAUAUAAAAUCCCAAUCGAUUUAUUGGUUUUUGAUUUCCAAGUGAUGAGAGUGAAAAAUAUUACCCAGCCGCCCGAAGACGGCGUUUACAUUUACGGCCUUUACAUCGAUGGUGCGCGAUGGGAUUAUGAUGCACACAUAUUAGAAGAAGCAUUUCCGAAAGUUUUAUACGACGAAAUGCCAACCAUGUGGUUGGUACCCAUUCGUAAAACGGACGUAAAAGAAAGACUUAUUUACAUUUGUCCCGUUUAUAAAACGGCAGAAAGACGAGGGGUACUAUCAACGACGGGUCAUUCGACUAAUUUCGUCAUAUCGAUGUGGAUACCGACGUCGAAAAAACCAGAACAUUGGAUAAUGCGCGGUGUUGCACUUUUGUGUCAGGUGUCGAUAUAA